AUGGCCAACAUGGACCCGUCGGGACCAAGCACGAAGCAGCAGCAGCAACGGAGACGCUGGUCCGUGGGUCGAUCGUCGACCCCGCGGAGUCACUUUUCGCUACACUCCUCGGAAGCUUUCUACGCGAGCGCGGAACCGUUAUCCGGUGGCCGCGGCGGACGCGCAUUGCAUAAUGCGAGCGCCGGCGGCCCAGACCCAGAUUCGAAUUCCGUCCUGGAUUCCUACGCGCCGGAAGCGGGUAGGCAUCAAUACCGGGCUUCCGCUCGGCGGCCGUCCCGGGACUCGAGUGACCGACGUGCAAUCGUCACGAAGAAUGACCGCGAGAUCUUUUACACAGUGCCGCGCGGUCCGGCGAUCUCCAGGAAGGAGAUCCUACGGCGCCGAUGUGUCAGAGACGACGUCGAGACGGUCCAUCCUACGGCGGAGAGGGGUCAGGUGGAGAAAAGACCGACUACGUUACCGUCGACCGGUAGGAGAACUCGUCAAGACACCGAAUGCACUUCCUCGCUCUUAAAAAGAGUCUCCCGGCAGGACAUUCUACAACGUCGUGCGAGCAUAGAGACGAACUCGCAGGUGAAGGAUGUCGCGAGAACGUCUUCAAGUAUCCCAAGUUCCGUUCGCUCGGCUAAAGAGGAUCGUGACUUCUCGCGGCCGUCGACUCUGCCGAAGAUUUUACACGCCUCGAAGACGUCUCGGCUAGAGGAGUACUCCUCCUCGAGAACGAGGGAGACCGCCGGAAGGGAAGCGCCGGUUUAUGGGAGAAUUCGGCGACGAAAAAUGUCGCUACCGACUGGCGCCACGACGUUGCGCGACUCUACAACUCCUUCAAAUACUCUGACGAGGUUCUCGAAGACGAGAGCGAGCGGAGAACGCGCCGAUACUUCGACCACUUCGACGAAAGUCGUCAAGCACUUGCGAGAUCCUGUUCCCGACCCGGCCGAUUGGCCCAAAUGUGCGGACGUCAGUCGUGAUAAUAUUUAUGUCAAGGUCACGCGCAGAGCGUCCAGGCAAACUUCUCAUGAAGAAAGACCAGAGCCGAUGGAUAGAACGAUGUCUAGACGCAGAAUAAUCAACAACGCGGACAGUGUGGAUUCCUUGGAGCGAAGGAUGCACCAAGAUCGAGAUCAGGACGUGGUCAGAGUUAAACACGACGCCAUAUUGAUUUCCAAAGCAGACAUCGAGCAACUGCGUAAUUUUAAAACGGAGAGAAACGAGGACGUAAAGACGUCUUAUCGCGCAGAUUCCACAUGGUCUGCGCGAAGAGAUUCAAAAACAGAUUCUUGGUCUCGAAAUCAUCCUAGAGAUUCCACGUGGACCAGCGAGAGACAAACGAGGUGCCGACCAAAGUCGCAAACCGAGUUGCUCGCGAAAGAGCGGACGGAAUGUCCGAAAACGGGGAUAAAAUCAACGACGUUACCUAGCUACAUGAAGAUUGGGCGGAAAACGUCGACGGGAAAUCCGCCGGUGCGAAAUGUGGACGACCAGAGGAGAACCUCGAUCAGCGGAGUGUUAACGAAACAGAGCAAAGAGAGAUCGAAUUAUGUGAAGAAGACAGCGACGCGUAUCCCGACGCACAUCAGAACGUUCAGCGACGCGAACAGCGCUCGCUCUAUUUCUCCGGACGCAUCAUCAUCGAUAUUUGGUUUCUGCACCGGAAAGAGGAGGCUGCAGGCGUCCGUGACGCGUAGAUCUCCGUCAUGGAACUUGAAAACGGGUGAAUUGGUGUGGUUCGACCCUGGUGUCGGCCAUGUGCUGCCAGGCGAGGUUCUGGAAUACCAUAGAGCCGCUAAUGUACUUUCGGUCCAAGCGGUGAUCGCCGGCAAGCCGCAAAUCUUCACUCUCACCAACUUGAGCGGAGUGAAGCCCAGGCAGGACUUAGGUCAAAAUGGUGUGGAGGACAUGAUUCAGUUGACGGAUCUGAACGAGGCAUCACUAUUAUGGAACUUGAAGAUCCGUUACGACAAGGAAUUAAUUUACACCUACACGGGAAGUAUCCUCGUGGCGGUAAAUCCAUACAAAAUGUUCGAUAUCUAUGGACUAGAUCAAGUGAAGCUUUACGAGGGACGAAUUCUUGGUACACUCCCACCGCAUUUAUUCGCCGUGGGUUCCUCCGCAUACAGUCAAGUGACUGCAGCCAAUAACUCCAGUGCCAAUCAAGUGGUCGUCAUUUCCGGUGAAUCUGGCUCGGGAAAGACGGAGUCUACGAAGUUGGUGAUGCAAUAUCUCGCGGCCGUUAAUCGCGCGCCGAACAAUCUCGUCACCGAGCAAAUUCUGGAAGCGACGCCACUCUUAGAGAGCUUCGGAAAUGCCAAAACACCGCGAAACGACAAUAGCAGUCGAUUCGGGAAAUACUUGGAGGUUUACUUCAGGGACGGCGCGAUCGUAGGCGGUAGAAUAACGCAAUAUCUUCUAGAAAAGAGUAGGAUAGUAACACAGGCUUCGGAGGAGAGGAACUACCACGUGUUCUAUGAACUUCUAGCUGGACUCGAUCAGCAACUCAGGGAUAAAUAUGGCCUGCUUACACCGGACAAGUAUUUUUAUUUAAAUCAGGGUGGAAACUGCGAGAUCGAUGGCAAGAGCGAUGUGCAGGAUUUCAAGGCGCUCUUGUCGGCCAUGCAGGUUCUCGGCUUCUCGUCCGAUGAGCAGGAUACAAUUUUCAAGAUUCUAUCCAGCGUGUUGCAUCUAGGAAACGUAUACUUUCACCGGAAACAAAUGAGGCACGGCCAGGAAGGCGUGGAAGUCGGUUCCGACGCUGAAAUACGCUGGGCGGCGCACCUUCUUCAAGUGAAUUCCGAUGGCAUCAUCCGAGCACUCACUACCAAGACGACAGAAGCGAGGAACGAGAGAGUCUUCACUGCUUUAAAUAUUGAUCAAGCCCUCGAUGCCAGAGAUGCUUUUGCGAAAGCUCUGUAUAGUUCGCUCUUUUCGUGGCUAGUCGCGCGCGUCAAUCACAUCGUUUACAAAGGUACAAAGCAAACGGCCGCUAUUUCGAUCCUCGACAUCUUCGGCUUCGAAAAUUUCACCGAGAACAGUUUCGAGCAGUUAUGUAUUAAUUAUGCAAACGAGAACCUGCAGUUCUAUUUUAACAAGCACAUUUUCAAGCUCGAACAACAGGAGUACGCGAAGGAGAAGAUCGACUGGACUACUAUCAACUACACGGAUAAUUUGCCGGUCAUCCAUUUGAUUGCGAAAAAGCCUGUAGGCAUUCUUCACUUGCUGGAUGAUGAAAGCAAUUUCCCUAAAGCGACGGAUCUUUCUUUCUUGGAGAAAUGCCAUUACAAUCACGCGCUAAGCGAGCUGUAUUCCAGGCCAAGAAUGAGCUCCGCCGAAUUCGCGAUCAGGCAUUAUGCUGGACAGGUCUGGUACAACGUAGAGGGCUUUUUAGAUAAGAACAGGGAUACCUUGAGACCUGAUGUAGUCGAAUUGCUGAUUAGCAGUAAAAUUUCGAUGGUCAGCAAGAUGUUCCAACAUGUCAGAAAUACUCAUGAAGCUAAUAAAACUAUGAAUAAGCCGAAUGGCAGAUUUGUCACCAUGAAACCGAGAACUCCGACUGUUUCGGCUCGAUUUCACGAUAGCCUCCAGCAACUCUUAGAAUCUAUGUCUCAAUGCAAUCCGUGGUUUGUCCGUUGUAUUAAGCCAAACACUGAGAAAGCUCCAAUGAAGUUUGAUAUGCCCUGCGUGCUUGAACAAUUAAGAUAUACAGGCAUGUUGGAGACGAUCCGGAUUAGGAAAACUGGCUAUCCGGUUCGCCUUCUGUUCGGACACUUUGUGGAUCGGUAUCGUUAUCUUGUUUCAACGCAUUUACCCAGGGGAGCGCCUAAUAAAGAGCUCUGCAGAAUCAUUUUAGACAAAGCGGCUCCGAAAGAGGCACAAUCACAGUAUCAGCUUGGACUUACACGAGUAUUUUUACGCGAAUCACUGGAGAGAGCUUUGGAAUAUAAUAGAGCGUUGAUUUUGGAGAGAGCAGCCAUCACAGUCCAAAGAUAUACAAGAGGAUUCUUGACUCGCAGAAGAUUCCUCAAUAUUUCUCGAAGCACAGUUCUGAUACAAGCAGUAUACCGUGGUUAUCGUGAACGUAAACAGUUCCGUGCAUUAAAGAAGGGUGUCCUAAUGGCGCAGAAAUUGUAUAGAGGUAGGAAACAACGAGAGACAUUCAAAAUAUUGAAAGAGGAGAUGGCGAAAAGAGCGGAAAUCGAGAGAGCCAGUAAAGAGCGAGCGAAGGCGAAGCAACAACGAGAGGAACAAGAGAGAACCUCGCGAGCCGUUGCUGGUGUAAAUCACUUAGAGAUUCCCGCAGAACUAGCCUUUAUUUACAGCAAGCUUGAUGACUGGCAACCCACACACACCGAACGAAACCUUCUCAAGGUCGUUGGCCAAGUCAUCCCGAUAAACUAUACGUACAGUCUGCCGUCCGACAUCGAUCAGUAUCAAUUCUCGAAGUUUACUAAUAUUUAUUUCAAGAGUCACAUCUUUGGAAUGAAACGCGAGCCGAUCAAGACACCGUUCUUAGCAAAGGCUCGCGAUCAAGAUUACACGGAUUCCUUGAUGAUCUUUAAGAUGAUAUUGCGUUUCAUGAAUGAGAGUAAUCUUAAUGGCAAACGCGAGCAAGCAUUGGGUGAUUACAUUGUUAACAAGGGUAUCGUAAACGAGAAAUUGAGGGAUGAAAUACUGUGCCAGUUGGCAAAUCAAACCUGGAAGAAUGAGAACGACGCCAACAAGGAAAGGGGAUGGUUGCUGCUGUCCAAUUGCUUAUCAACAUUCCAACCCAGUGCCACGCUUUUUAAGUAUUUUCUGAAAUAUGUCUCCGACCAUGCCUAUGAUGGCUACAAGGCUUAUUGCCAACGUAAAUUGUUGCAAGGCGAGAGAACGAUAUAUCGUAUGAUGAUUAAUAAUCAACAAACGGUGCAUCAGGUACCUAGGAAUUAUCCACCGUGUGUCCUAGAAUGGCGCGCCAACAGGAAUCGCGUAAAUAUGGCGCUCAGCGUUGGCUUCUACGACGGUGAGACAACUACAUGCGCAAUAGAUUCCUGGACGACAUGCGAAGAAUUGGCUAAUCUCGCGGUUCGGAAUCACGGAGUAGAGAAUAUGGGCUGGACUAUUACGCUCUGGAAUCAACUGGACGGCCCAGACGCUAUUGUGACGGAGACCAACGGCUUCGAUUAUGUUCUGGAUCUAAUCUCGGAGAUGGAAUUGGCACCAGCUUUUCCCGCUGCCAAGCAUAUGUUCUUAGAACAGCGCAAGAAUAGUCUGCCUCCUAUAAAAAAACGAGAGCACACCCAAGUUAUUCGGGAGUUGGAAAAAGAGAUGGAAAUUCCUAUUCUAAAAACCUUCCAGCCUUUGGAAAGGAAAUCAGUGCCAAAAGUAGUUGACAAACCCGUUGAACUGGAGAUUCAAGCACCCAGGCGGCCGGUAGUUCCUCCGCCGCAACCACCCGUUACGAAACUACCUAUGCGAAAGCAAUCACACGACGUUAUUUUGGAGACUACAACGGAAAUGGGAUUGUCGAGAAAAUCUGCUUUGAAUGACCGCUAUUUUGAGAAGGAAAAGCAGCGUAGCCGAAGUUUGGAUAACUUGCUUCAGUCGGAAGUCAUGCCUUCACCGGUAAAACUUGCCAAUCUUGGGCUUUCGUCAUCUAAAUUGAACGAACGAUAUCACAGUUUGGAAAGAAUCGGUGAGACUCCGGCAGUUAGUAAUGCUGAGUACAUGACGCGUACUGAGAUUACACAAGAGAGGAAAUACAGCAGGGUCACAAGGACGACGGAGCCCAACAUCGAGGAGGAGGAUCUCACGAUUGACUUUGAAUACCCGGAUAUUCAGUCCGUUAGUCAAACCGGAAGAUCGGAGGAUGAUAAGAGCUACAUAAGGUCGCAGACUAGGUUCAUCAAGUCACAAUAUCCUGGCAAACGCGCGCUGCCAGGAAGUCAGUCUAGUCGCGCUUACAUUGAAAAGAGUGAAUAUGGUGUAAAAUCGUCCGCCAUGUCCGACACCAGUGAGGCACCUUCUUUAGCGUCGCAUGUGAGACGCGUUAGAGUACCCAGCCAAGCUUCCGACGUGGAUCAAUUCUUGGAUGAGCUUUUUAUGCCCGUAUUGGAUGGCAAUCUUGACGAAUUAUCGGAUGCCCGUAGUUUAGCCGCUUCGAUAAAAGGUUCAUACGAUACCAGGCCAUCCGGCGACCAAACAGUUUCCGAGAAUCUGCAAACAAUCGACAGUCAGAUUAUCAGAAUAGCCACAGUCGAUGACUUUGUCGAAAAAAUGAUGAUGAGAAAUAAAGAUGUGAAUAUUGAUGCCGGUGAAUUGUCGAAGAAGAUCAAGGGAGGUGGCAAUAUGGACAUCCCUAAUCAAAACGCAGCUUUUAAUUUCACUCCCAUGGCACAGAGCAUGAUGUCACCACCUAUGAUGAUGCCCAUGUUUAGCGCUACUCAACAGGUUCCGUCCGCACAGAAUACCAGUAUGAACAUGGGUGCAAGUUUCAUGCCCAUUCCGAUCUACAGUAUGCAAGGACUCAGUUUACCGCAAUAUCCCAAUUCACCGCCCGGCCAAGGCAACGAUAUGAUGGCGUACCAACAGAAUCUACAGCGAGCUUUUUUGCAGAGUGCAAUGGCGCAAAAUAUUCAGAUACAGCAGCAGCUGCUAGCACAGAAUCAAGCUCUGCAGCAGCUGUUGGUUCAAAGCCCGCAAAACUCAGGACAGCAACCGGUUUCAUUUAGAGAACCCGACGACGGUGAAUUAUGGUCAACCGAAAAACGGGGGAGCUCUGUACUAACUUCCACUCCAAUCAGUCAACGGCAAGAAACGAUGACAAUAAAAGCUCAAAUUCAUCGAUCCCAUAGUCCACCAAGGAAGAAUGCCGAAGUCAACAGAAAGACAAGCACUGAUUAUGGGCGAAAAAUCAGCGUGGAUCGUAAAGUAGUAGAUAGAAAGACGUCAUCAGCACAGGUGGACAUGAAGAGAACCAAUUUAAAUAAGAAUAACAUACAGAGUAACUUUACUAAUGUGCUCAGCGAAUUGAAAAACAGAAAGAGCAGCGUGGACAGCAAUCCUUCAAGUUUGAGCAAUAAUAAAGGUGUUCCUCCACCCCCGCCGAUGCCUCCGCCUUUGGAGUCUCAUGAUCCUUCCGAAUCUAGACCGUUCCUAGAUCCGUACGGUAGGGCGAAGACGGUACGCAUCGGGAAAUGGAGGUGGCCACCGCCUAGCGACUCGAACGAGAAUCAAGGGCAAGAUAGUUUCAUAGAAUUUAAGAUGCGUCAGCAACAUCAGCAACGUAAAUUAACGCCGCAGUAUCAGGAGUACGACCAAGGUGAAGGCGAAGCUACAACGGAAGGUGGCGUUGAGUGGGAAGAAUUCGAAAUUGAGAAUAUCGUCAACGAAGAUCGAUCCACGAUUGCGCAAACGACCGCGGCGAAACACGAGAACGGAUAUAAAGAAGAGGGAGAAAAGAAGAAAAAGAAAUCGAAGUCGGCGUUGGAAGUGGGUGCGCAAAGACCAUCGCCGGGAAGUAUAGGAAAGUUGAAGCUCAGCUCAGAAAUGAGACAGAGAUUGGAGAAGGUAACGGCGAAUCAUAGCGUAAGAUCCACGAAGACAGCUGAGAAACCCGCUCUCCCGCGAGAAGACGGAAAGGUUAAACGAUUGGAAGAUAAUAGGAAGCUUCUGUUAGAACAGCAACUAGGUGGUAGGUGGGACGAUUAUGCCUCUACUGUUGAUGACACCCAAAGCGUUACUUCUAAGGGUACAACCGACAUGAUGACACAAGCUCAAGUGGUAAGAACACAGAUUGAAAGAAUGGAACGACCUGUACCGCCCCCGCCUCCCGUCACACCACCGCAGCCACCGAGUCCAAGAGGCGGUAGUGUAUACAGUAACAGUCAAUCCGGCGUACCUCAGCCGCGAUCUCCACCAGCACCGAUCGAACCGAAAACACGCGACUCCUUCCGCACGUCGCCGGACUCCGAGACCUACGAUCAUUUCUCAAAGAACCAAAUGUUUAGUCAAAGUCGUGAUAUCUUCGCCUCGCAGCAACAUUUGCGCGAUGGUCACGAUUAUCGAAACGACUUCGACAAGAUUCGUGUUCAGGAUGUCAAGUCGAAAGACUUUUAUAGCAAGGACAGCACCGAUCUGGCAAGUUCGAUGCGCGAUCGCAACUCCGACUUCGACUCGCGCCGCGACCUCAACUCUGAGCUCUUCGACUCCAAAUACGCGUUUGACGGAUCGAUCGGAAAACGCGAUCCCUUUGGCAUGACCCGGGACGUAUCUCCUAAAUCUCGGGACAGCUUCGGGAUGCCAUCGCCGCGUGACUUCGGCGUGAUUCCAAAUACGAGGGAGUCCUUUACUGUCACGCGACAGAGCUUUAACAAGUUGGAUCGGGAUGCGGAUAGGCGAUCAAGCAUAGCUUCGACCCAUCGCACUGAUAAGAUGGAGAGAAUCGAGAUCGAAGAAUGGCCGGAGUUUCUCAAACCGGUAUUACCGCCGGCGGACAAACCGGAGAUCGAAAAGGUCCAGGAGGUGAUGAACACCAAGCUCUACCCGCAGACUUCCAACGCGCAUUUUACAUAUAAUAGAGUCACGUGGACUCUGAGGGUCAAGAAAGAGGUCUUCGCGCCUAACGAAACGCUGAAUAGUCCUCUGGCACUGCACUUAGUAUUCUGCCAAGUGGUAUACGACGUGCUGGCGACCUCCAGCAUAAGAAUCACCAAGGAGGACCGGCAGAACAUGCUGAAGAUGCUGGAUAACUAUGGCAUUACGCUAGAUAAUCUUCAGAGCACGCAACACAAGAUCACGAUCAAGAAGAAUAUCGUGGACAUGGCGAAGCAAUGGCCAUUAUAUUUCGCCCGGAUAUUUCCUGUAUCAAUCGGCCCUCAACACCCGGAGACGCAACAUGUGGCAGUGUCUCAUCACGGACUUCGAUUGAUCAAGCGCACACUAAAUGGCGAUUUGAUCAUUUUGGAAACCCUACCGCUAGAGGAUAUUGUCUCCGUGAAUUCUUCCAGGUCGGGUGUGUGCGUGCUACAAAUCGCGUCGGGUGUCAGACUACCCCUACACACAAAUCGCGCCCCGCAGUUGGCAGAGAUGAUCGGCAAAUACAUCAGGCUGAUCGACCAGAAACCACACCAGAGGAUCAAUCAUCACGAGAAUCAUGUAUCCCAAAUCACUAAGACGAUUCAGUCGCAAGCAAAUCAUACAAAUCACAGUCAGCCCCACAAUCAUUCUAAUCAUGUAAUCUCCGAGCAUGAGAAUCACGUACCGAUCGGUCGCAUGCCCAAUCACGUGUCGGCCGUCAACCAAGCGAACCAUCAGAAAAACCUACAAAACCAGAGAUUGAGUCCGAAUCAGGAGUGGCGACAACCGGACGACAAUGUCCGACUCCAGGAGGACGGCAUCUACGAGACUGGACCGGUGGUACCGAAUGACGGCAAACAUUCGCUCUUGCAGUAUGCCAUGCUGAAUUUCCGUCAAAGCACAGAAAAAUUCGAGAUGUUAAAAACCGCGGAUGGAUCGAUCAGUGGAUCCCUUAAGGUGAUCGAGUCGCUGAAAAGCAAGAAGAAAAACAAGAAAGGCAAAGGGCAACAAGAUGGCACCGAAUGGACCUGGAAGGAACAAGUGGACCUCGUCAAAUACUCCACUAUUCCCAUCGAGCAGAGUCUGCUCAAGCUAGAUGCUGAUCUGAGUGUUUUAGCCGUGGAGUGCUUCCUGUGUCUGAUGAGGUACAUGGGGGAUCAACCAUUGCCGCCUGAGACUAGUGAAGUCAAGUGCGUCUACACCAUCCUUAUGCAUUGUCACAAAUACGAGCAGUUGCGUGACGAGGUUUAUUGCCAGCUGAUGAAACAGACCACCAAUAACAAGAGCCCGAAUCCAGAGAGCUGUCAACGCGGUUGGCGGAUUUUCAGCAUCAUCGCUGCCUAUUUUACGUGCAGUGAGGGCCUUCGACCCUACCUAACGAAAUACCUUGAAACGGCAGCGUACGACAAACGUCGCGCUUAUCACGGUACAGCGAUGGUGUGCCUACAAAACCUGCGAAAAACUGUGAAGUACGGCGGACGCAAGAACGUGCCCAGCGUGGAGGAGAUCAUGGCGAUUAGCGCGGGCAGAAACGCGAAGAGGCAGAUCUACCGGCUGCCUGGCGGCACCGAGCGGGUCAUUAACACGAAAUGCACGACUGUCGUGCAGGAUGUUAUUGAGGAGAUGUGCAACGUCAUCUCCGUGAGAAACCCGCACGAGAUGGACGAGUUUUCACUGUACUGCAUCGUCGACGGCGACGCGUUCACCAUGCCAUUGGCCAGAGACGAGUACGUUCUGGACGUAACAACGGAGCUCCAAAAAAACCACCAAGUGUUCUACUUAAUAUUUUGCAGAUCUGUUUGGUAUUAUCCUCUACGACUAGAUGCAGCAUUGUAUAUAGAAGUCGUAUUUAAUCAAAUCGCUCCCGAUUAUCUGGAAGGGCUUUUACUAGUUCUACCUGGAGAACAUUUACCUCAGGAAAUAAUUUACGACAUGGCGCAAAUAGCGGCGCUAUUGCACAGAGCGGCCGACAUGGCGCACGAACCCGCGACGAAGGAAAUUAAAUAUCUGUUGCCGAAAACAGCGCUCAGCUUGAGAGAGCCCAGACCACAGCAAUGGUCGAACAUGGUUCAGCAAGCCUGGAACAACGUUCAACACUCUUCGGCGGCUACCUGCAAAGCGCAAGUGCUCGAAAUAUUGUCUAAAUGGCCACUUUUCGGCUCAAGUUUCUUCGCGGUAAAGAGAGUGCCCGAAGGCAAGGAAAAGGGCGCCGAUCAUAUUCUCGCUCUGAAUCGACAUGGAGUGCAUUUCAUAGAUCUAAUAACGCAUGAAACACUGUACCAUUAUCCUUACUCCGAAGUGAUCUCUACCAGAAAGGUCAAGUCUGAAGAGGGCACGCUCUACCUCGACAUGAAGUGCGGCAAUCUGAUGCAACAGCGUAUUACUAGACUUCAGACGGAGCAGGCCCAUGAAAUCUCUCGCCUCAUCAGGCAGUAUAUUACGAUGGAGCAAAGGACGCCCAACGCUCAAGGUGGAGCUGGCAUCGGGCUCGGCAUGAGAUAAGCUUCCUUGUAACACGGCGUUCUUCCUUCGCGACCGAUAUCCGAUCUGGAUUAAUCCAUUUACAAGGUGGUAAUCAAGUUAAGCCCUCGAUUAAUGUACUGUAACGUGAGACGUAACGCCGCGAGUGUAGCCAACAUAAAUUAUGAUUUUGUUCUUAACGUGGCCUGCGUAAGACACCGACUUUGAGAUUCAAGCUACAUCGGGUACCAAGUAGGAUAAGUUCGCUCCAAUGUACCGGUCCUUUUUCUAAUGGACAAUGAUGCAGCUAAUCCGUCAUCAGGGAUAUUCAUGGAAUUCACUGAAAGGAAGGAUUGUAAAGAAGAAAAACGAGUACUCAAAGUAUCUAAAUCGUCCACAUCGGAUGAUUUGAAACGAUGGACUUGUAUAGCAUUUAUUUAUGUUUUAAAAAGUUCAUAAACGGAAACACAGGCAAGAGAGGAAUAAACGCGAAUAGAAGUUACAUCCAUCGUAGCGGUGUAAUAUUAACACUAAUAUUAACACACGUCCCUGAUGAGUGUUGGAUGACUAACCAUGCAACGAUUAUAUGUUAUCGUCAUUAAUAAUUGUACGUAUAUGCAUAUAGGAGUACGAGAUGUGAACAAAAAUAUUAACUUUAUAUUGAAAUGUUUACGUGUAAGAUGUUUACGUGUUAUUCCUUUCCAAUUUUUAUCUCGCAAUCCCAACUAUCGCACAGGUCUGCGAAGUAAACUCAACAUUUUUAAAUUCAAAAAUAACGGACAUAUAAAAUAUAAAAAUAUAAUAACACUAACCGAAAGACUUUUAAGUUUCGAAAUUAUCGCAGUCCUGUGAUAUAACUGUCCUAAUUUAUAUUUAUAUAUAUAAAAUUUAUAUAUUAACUAUGUUAACUAUAAAUGCAUUGUGGCAUCUAGCACGUGUGCCUGGUACAUAAUAAUUAAGUCCAAAAUUUAUUUCUUUCCCAGAUAGCAAGCUGCAGUAAUUUCGACGCCGAUAGUCAUUUUGAAUUAUUGACGCCAUGUGACCUAUUUAUUUAUUUGAUAUCAGAUAAAUGACUAAUCUAAUGACAUACUAGUAACGUUAUUAAUGAUCAAUUAAUAACGUCAUUCAUUUAUGCCGUUAAUAAGUUAUUAAUAAUAACACGAAAAUAAUUACGUGUUUUCGACAUUGA